AUGGUGCUACUUAAAUAUAUAUUUUUGGUAGUAUUUUUUUCAUUAAUUGGCUGUUGUUUUGGCCGAUUAAAUUAUUCAACAGUACAUUGUUUACAAGGACCUGAUUUUUGGUGUUUAAAUGAAACGACAGAAGCACUGUGCAAUUUUAAUAAUAAAACUAUAGGUUUAUGUGGUUAUACAAAUAAACGUUGUCAGAUAAAAACAGGCGAUGAUUUUUGUAAAUCAGCUCCACCGGCUCAACAACAACCAGCACUGGAAUUCAAUGGUGGUUUAACAGGUGUUGAUGAAAAUUAUUUUGCUUAUUAUAUACUAAGUCUUUAUUGGCCACCAUCAAGUUGUCCAUUGGUUUAUAAUGAAACAACUGAUUUAUUACGUUUUUUUUGUUCACCAUAUACAAAUUUAAAUCAACCAGGUAGUGAACGUUUAGUAUUACAUGGUCUUUGGCCAACAUUUUCUACGGAUGGUAAUUAUCAAGGUUGGCCACAAUUUUGUUCAUCAGAACAGAAAGAUUGGUCGAGUUGUCAUAUUGAUGGAAAUUUAUGUCCAUGGAAAAAUACAACACACAGUGAUUUUACUCAAGGUGUUUACGAAUAUUGUUUAGCAAGUGAGAAUAUCGAACAAUGUCUUGUUAAUGGAGCGGAAAUUCUUGAACCUGAAAAAGAACGUUUAAAAACAUUAGCACCAGGAUAUUUAAAUACAUUAAACUUAUUUAUCAAUCACGAAUGGACAAAACAUGGUUCUUGUUGUUCAUCAUCAUUUGGCAAUAAUAUAUCCAAUUAUUUAACCCAUAUGCUUGAUUUAACUGAUAUGGUUACAAGUCCGGGUAGCUUAACUUAUGAGUAUAUUCAACGUUAUGCUGGAGAAAAAAUUGGUUUAAGUUAUCUUAUAUCAGUACUUAAUGAUACAUCGAUUAUUAAUUGUAAUUCCAAAUGUGAACUUGAAGAAUUAUGGAUGUGUAUGAGUCGAGAUCAUCGAACAGGUUUACCAAGUAAAUUAAUGCCUUGUCCACUAGGUGCACGUCAUACAAGUGAUUCAUGUCAAAAAGCUCGAUGUGAAUAUGUAUCUAUUCCAUUACGAAACAAACCUCAAUACACUACUACUACUACUACUAAAACCAGUGAUGAUUACAUUCAAACAUUAUGGACAAGAUUUAUGCUUAUUAUUCUCAUAUUAAUAAUCUUAAAACUUGUUGUAGUUUUUUGUGGAGGUUGUUGCGCAUUUUUUCUUCCUUACUAG